GAGCCGAAAGAGAGUUGAAGAGGCUACACUGAGUGUAGGAAGCGAGCCCUAUUGUCUCUCUGGAAGAUGUGCCCAAAUUCAACCUCUGUAGUUCUGAGAUCGCUCUCUCUUCCCAUUCCCUCCUCUUCCUUAGCCUUCCCUUGCCGCAGAUCUGGGCAGGUUCCUCGGACAGGAGCCCCGAGUCUCCUGCCUACCCUCCUUCCCUCUCCAACCCAGAAAAGUUGAGGCUGGGCUAGGGGAGAGGCAAGAGGUGGGGGCGGGGAUGGGAAAGCGGCCUGAACUCGAAGUGUAAGGGUAUCAGUCACUGCCGGGAAGGAAGCUCCGGCUUGUGAACUCUUCUUGAACCGAGAUUUAAGUCUGCAGCCAUAAAUCACCGAGACGUAAACUCCGCCAUUCAGAGCCGGGAGCGGCCGGUUGCGGCCCUGCUUACCUUAACUUCUGACGAGCGCCGAGAGCGCAGGCUCGGGCUGAGGCUCGGGCACCCGCUCCGGCCCCCGGCCCGGCUCGGCGGCCCGGCCGGGUCCCCUUGGCGCAGGAUGGGCACCGACCCUCAGCAUCAGCCGAGACGGCAGGCUGGCAGGAGACCCCGAGGCCCGGACGCCGCCGCGCAGAGCGUGGCCGCCUCGCUGCUCCGGCACGGCUCGCCCAGGGCCGACUGGGACGGCUUGGACCCCCCUGUCCCACCCACCCCACCCACCCACCCCUCCCCCACACCUCCGCCCCCUGCCCUUCCCGAGGGCAGCAGCCGCGGCCCAGAGAUAAGCGCUAGUGCGGCGCCGGGCUCUGCCUGGGCUACUGACACCGACUUGGAAAAUACUGGCCGCCGCCGCUGAGCCCUUACUAGACAAAUCCCGCAGCAGUUCGCCCGGCUCCACCAAAACCGCAGAGAUUUUCCUUACUGAGAGGACCCCUUGGUUCCACCAAUUUCCCCAGAUCCCCGUGGCUCCCGAUCUCUCAUCCAGGGAGGACUAGAAGAAAACAUUUUCUCAGCACUAGAAGAAUACUUGGAGCAGCAAAGGUACCCGUGGUGCCUUUCUACCAUUCAAGAGGGUGUCCUCCUGAAGGCGUCUGAGAGGGCCUCUGGCGGCUCCAAGGCUAUGCAGCUGGGAGGAAGGUGAGGAAUAAUGUGGGCAAGAAGAGGCAUCAAAAUCCCAGAAGGGGAGGAAAAUUAUUCAGGAAAUGUACUUGCCUGUGAGGGUGAAGCUGCCAUUUUGAGGUAGAAGGGGACCAGCCUUUUUUGAUACCUAAUAGUUUAGCAUUAUACAUAUUGGACUGACUUUAGCACUUUCGUGGAAGGAAAAACGAAUCUGAGCUCUAUAAAUGUGGCUCUUGGCUUCUCACUGUGCAUGCUUUUAUAUAGAACCAGAGUCCAUCCUUAGAUAUUUAUUCAGCUUGCUGGCACUGAAUCGACAAUAAAAAGAUGCCUCUAACAAA